UCCAUAUUUAGCUCGAGCGAGUUUCACGGAGGUUCAGACAGUCAGGAAAAACCCUGAGAGAGUGGUCAACUCUGACUUAUUUACCUCACAGCGGGCGAUAAAUAAAGUGAAACAAGCGAUUUAGAAAGUCACGGAUUUAACGGGUGGGCGGGGAUUUUAAGUGCAAAGAAGACGUCGUUUUAUGGAUUUUUUCCCUGUCAGAUGGGAAUGUAGCUUAGCUGGUUAGCCUGGCCACUAGCAGUAGCGGGCUAGCGCUCUGUGGAGGCGACAUAAGUGAACUUUCACAUGUUAUAACGACACAACACCUCAACGUUCGCCUCAGCUUUUCCAAAGACGCGUUUGUGAAGACGUCGCCGUCACAGAAAUACCGAUUCGGGACUGUUUCCGAGGGGAACUUCUCGCUUUAGCUGGAUGGCUAGCUGGCCGGCACGUCUGUCAAUCGAACCUAAAAUCCGGACGGGAUAGUUUGAUUUACACACCUGCCCUUCGGGUCUUAAACGGCCUCCUUUGGUAUACGGGGUUCUAGGAAGGUGGUUUCGGUUGGGAUUCGAACCAACAACUAGUGAGGAGACACUCGUUUUGGUUCUGACCGGUUCGAGGGCACUUUCUUCCCCUUCCCCAAGCACAUUAAGAGUCUUCUGAAGUUCGUGUACUACGAGCCGGGGACAGAACCGGACAGAGACCUCAUGAAUGGAAAUCGGAACUACAGGAGCCGUUGGGGCCCAGUCCCUGUUCUCCGUGCCACGGAGGCCUGGCUAUGGCACCAUGGGGAAGCCCAUCAAGCUGCUUGCCAACUGCUUUCAGGUCGAGAUCCCCAAGAUGGACGUGUACCUGUAUGAGGUCGACAUCAAGCCUGAGAAGUGUCCACGCCGAGUGAAUAGGGAGGUUGUGGACUCCAUGGUGCAGCAUUUUAAGGUCACCAUCUUUGGGGAUCGAAGGCCAGUUUAUGAUGGAAAGAGAAGUCUCUACACAGCCAACCCAUUACCUGUGGCACCCACUGGGGUGGACCUGGAUGUUACGCUGCCAGGUGAGGGGGGCAAAGACCGACCCUUUAAGGUCAGCAUUAAAUUUGUAUCACUGGUGAGCUGGCACCUGUUACACGAGGUACUAACUGGUCGCAGUAUGCCGGAGCCACUGGAGCUGGACAAGCCAAUCAGCACUAACCCAGUUCAUGCUGUGGAUGUGGUACUACGACAUCUACCAUCAAUGAAAUACACACCUGUGGGGCGUUCAUUCUUUUCUGCCCCGGAGGGCUAUGACCAUCCUCUGGGUGGAGGCAGAGAGGUGUGGUUCGGCUUUCACCAGUCUGUUCGGCCGGCCAUGUGGAAGAUGAUGCUCAACAUUGAUGUAUCAGCCACAGCUUUCUACAAAGCACAGCCAGUGAUUCAGUUCAUGUGUGAGGUACUGGACAUCCACAAUAUUGACGAGCAGCCUCGACCCCUCACAGACUCCCACCGAGUCAAAUUCACCAAAGAAAUCAAAGGUCUGAAGGUGGAGGUGACGCACUGUGGAACCAUGCGGAGGAAGUACCGUGUCUGCAAUGUGACCCGCCGUCCUGCCAGCCACCAAACGUUCCCUUUGCAGUUGGAGAACGGUCAAACUGUAGAACGAACCGUAGCUCAGUAUUUCAGAGAAAAGUACAACCUGCAGCUCAAAUACCCCCACCUGCCCUGCCUACAGGUGGGACAGGAGCAGAAGCACACUUACUUGCCCCUGGAGGUGUGUAAUAUUGUAGCAGGACAGCGGUGCAUCAAGAAACUGACAGAUAAUCAAACAUCCACCAUGAUCAAAGCUACGGCGCGCUCGGCACCAGACAGACAGGAGGAGAUCAGCAGACUGGUGCGCAGUGCUAAUUAUGAAGCAGACCCAUUUGUGCAGGAGUUCCAGUUUAAGGUGCGAGAUGAGAUGGCCCACGUGACAGGGCGUGUGUUACCUGCGCCCAUGCUGCAGUACGGGGGCAGGGUGAGCUCAGAGCACUUUAUGAAUCGCACUGUGGCCACACCCAGUCAUGGCGUCUGGGACAUGCGAGGGAAACAAUUCCAUACUGGAGUGGAGAUCAAGAUGUGGGCCAUCGCCUGCUUCGCCACACAGAGACAGUGCAGAGAAGAGAUACUCAAGGGUUUCACUGACCAGCUGCGCAAGAUCUCAAAGGACGCAGGGAUGCCCAUCCAGGGCCAGCCAUGUUUCUGUAAGUAUGCACAGGGAGCAGACAGCGUGGAGCCCAUGUUCAGACAUUUGAAGAACACUUACUCUGGCCUUCAGCUCAUCAUCGUUAUUCUUCCUGGAAAAACACCCGUCUAUGCUGAAGUGAAGCGUGUUGGAGACACUCUUCUUGGAAUGGCCACUCAGUGUGUGCAGGUGAAAAACGUGGUGAAAACAUCCCCUCAGACGCUCUCUAACCUCUGCCUCAAAAUCAACGUCAAACUGGGCGGCAUCAAUAACAUCCUGGUGCCACAUCAACGACCAUCAGUGUUCCAGCAGCCAGUCAUAUUUCUGGGGGCAGAUGUCACUCAUCCACCUGCAGGAGAUGGGAAGAAGCCCUCCAUAGCAGCGGUGGUGGGGAGUAUGGAUGCUCAUCCGAGCAGGUACUGUGCCACAGUUCGUGUCCAGAGGCCCAGACAGGAAGUAAUUCAGGAUUUGGCCUCUAUGGUGCGAGAAUUACUCAUCCAGUUCUACAAGUCCACUCGCUACAAACCCACCAGAAUCAUCUUCUACAGGGACGGCGUGUCUGAGGGACAGUUUAGACAGGUGUUGUACUACGAGUUGCUGGCCAUUCGAGAAGCUUGUAUCAGUCUUGAGAAGGAGUACCAACCCGGCAUCACGUACAUAGUGGUGCAGAAACGCCACCAUACACGACUCUUCUGUGCCGAUCGCAAUGAGAGGGUGGGUCGUAGUGGAAACAUUCCUGCUGGUACGACAGUUGACACAGAUAUCACACACCCCUAUGAGUUUGACUUUUACCUCUGCAGUCAUGCUGGAAUACAGGGCACCAGCCGACCCUCUCACUACCACGUCUUGUGGGACGAUAACUGCUUCACUGCUGACGAGUUCCAGCUGCUCACUUACCAGUUGUGCCACACAUACGUGCGCUGUACUCGCUCCGUCUCCAUCCCUGCGCCAGCAUACUAUGCCCACCUGGUGGCCUUCCGUGCCCGCUACCAUUUAGUGGACAAAGAACACGACAGCGCUGAGGGUAGCCACGUCUCCGGGCAGAGUAACGGCCGGGAUCCCCAGGUGCUCGCCAAAGCUGUGCAGAUUCACCAUGACACCCUGAGGACCAUGUACUUUGCCUGAGCCAGCCCACGUUAACCCCAUAUUCAACCAGUCAUGCACUCAAAACCAACAACCACAUACACACACAGUCACAUCUCCCUCAAGUCUGUGCGUCCUGAAGGGUCGGUCUCUGUGGUGAUGGAAGUACCGCCCACCCCGCCCAGAAAAUCUGGACCUGACACUGUGCAGCAGGAAAAGACAGGACCUGCACGCUGGCCUUAGGCAGCAGACCUGCUUUAAUUCCUCAUGUGGACCUCGGCACUGUUAUGCAAUAUAAAACCAACCGACUGCGGCCGUUCUGUCUUUUCCUCUUCAAACCCUCAACAACAACCAAAUGGGAAGACAGUCUAUGUCCCCUCUCCUCUUCUUGUCUGUAGACCUUUCGUUAAAUUACUUUCCCUGCCUGUUACGCCUCGUAACUCAACGUUUUCUAACAGCACUUUUCCCCGUUAUCCUCCCCUUUCUCCAAGAUGAGAUUUGAACGGAAGCAGAUAGAAAGUUUUGGGAAUGCCUGCUGUCCGGCCUCUCGCUACAAAUGGCACUCUACUAGCAAUUUAUCAAUGUACUCUUCUCCCGUUCUCAAUUAUUUUUGUAGCCAAUGGUGACUUAACGAAGUGUUCAAGUGUCAGUUGUGAAGAACCAAUUGUGUGUUAGAAUUUUAAAACAGAAAAACAAGCUUUUAUUGUAAGAGAAGUGCCAUUUUCCGGGCAUAAAGUCAUUUGCAACGGACCUUGCCGGGGGCAAAACGCUGAUCCUUUUAUUUUAAAGCAACUUUACGAUUUUACACUCCGUAAUAUCUAUCUGGGGUGGCCCUUAAAAACGUCUGUGUGCUUUCAUGUACUACAACGUUAAGUGAUCAUGUUCUAAAAUAUGCUUUUAUUUGUGUUCAAAAAGGUUUUUUUUUUUUAACACCUGAAUUCCCUCCAAUAUUUAUUUUUCAACGUUGUUGCUAUCAUAGUUUAGUGCAAUAAUUAAUUAGCAGAAUAAGAAUACCUCCUGUGCGAAGACGUUUGUAGCGGUAGCGUGCGAUUUAAGGAAUUUAUGGCAACAGAAAGCAAGUGAUGGGCAUUGCGGUUGGUUUUUAAGAUGGAGGUGUGUAUGUUUGGCACUUUUAUAGUUAGACUUUUUUAUUUGAUAAAAGUAGAUCGGGCGUUUCUUGAAGAUUGACCAUGGAUGAGAAAACAAGUGCCUGCUUCUAGAAAUGGUUGAUGUGGGAAGUCAGAAAUAACGAGCGCAACUAAUUUAGUCCGAGGGCCAAGGGCACAGUUGCAAACACAUUCAACUGUACGGCCUUAAUUAAAUCUCUUAAAAUGGGAGCCAGAGCAGUUUUGCUGGUUCAGUCGUACACUUGCGUUCAACUUGUGUUUUCAUCACAGUUUUCAAUGGCCGGCCUAUUCAAAGGAUUCGCAAUCAAAGGAUUGUAUUUGUCAAAGUAAGACUGACUGAGCCAUGCUUCAGUUGGCAGCUCUGGGCGCAUUUUCACGGAGGAGCUCUGACAGCACCUGAUGUGUGCUUUUUCACUGGAGGGCCACUAGAGGUCAGUAUAGUAUUUUACUUGAAGAGUGUGUCUCGGUGCAGUGAGCACGAGUGCCUUUAUGUCUCCGUGCCCCAUCUGAAGCAUGUCCAGCUGUGUAACGACAGUAAACUGCACUAAACAAUGCUUAACGCAUGGUGCUACUAGGUGUGUGGAUGCCAAACAACUGUCAGUUUAAGAAGUAAUCUUGAUGAUGUGUCGUGAUUUAAUUUUUGUGUAGUUCUACCUUCGUAAUUACUAAUACUUGCCUCUUAUUCUGGAAAAGAGUCUCUUUCGAUGGAAUAGUUCAGCCAUAGUUUUUAUUUUUGUCAUUUUCAUUUGCAUACCAUUCUGAACCUGUACGAGUUUCUUUCUGAAACACUUUUAUUAUUCCAAGUCUUCAGAAGUCAGACGAUAGCUUUGUGUGAGUAAAAAAAAAACAAAAAACGUUCAAGUCAUUUUUCCCAAAGAAUCUUCCCCUCCGCUUUGGCUUUCAAAUCUUAUUCGCACUUCUGCAUAUUCAAACAUGACACAAUUGGUCACAUGACACAUGAGAAGCAUUUGCAUUCUGUAUUAUUGACGUCAAACCUGCUGUGAUGUCAGAUGAUCUUUCUUUACUCACCAUAUUCAAAUAUGCGCAAGCGAGAGAGGGGAAUAUUUUCAGCAAAUAACUUAAUUUUGUCACUCAAAGCAAUCAUAUGGCUUCCAUGGAGGAAAAGCAAGUCGUACGUGUUUAGAAUGACAUGAGGGUGAGUAAGUAAUGACCCCGUUUCAUUCAUGUAUGAACUACUCUUUUGAAGGUGCAACAAAGUUUUGCCUCAAUACAUUUUAUUUGAAGAUUGUCGUAAAGAUUGAGCGUCUUUUUAAUGCCAUUGUAAAAGAUGUCCAUAGUGUUCACUUGAAUAAUUUACUUGUAGCUGCUUCCGUUAUCCAUAUAAAUUAUGGUUUCGUAUAACCAAUAUACUCUAGAAUCUCCACAAACACAAAGACAAUGUUUGUCUUGGCUUGUUGUCUCUUAUUUUCAUGCUUAAUGGAGGGUCUUAUUUUAAGGGUCUAAUACACAACAUGAGUUCAAAGUAGAAAGUGCCUUUUCUCAUGAUGGUGCUGAAUUAUCUGAAACUGAUUGAUCAAAGAGCAUAUUAGUCUUAUUCUUACCUUGAAGGUGUGCACACAUGCAAACACAUUUUUAUCUCGAUCAGGAGGCUCAUAAUGGCGCCUCAUUGUUUAUUUAGAUAUUACAAAGACGAUAUAUAUGCCAAGUAUAUGAAAGAAGGGUUGAGCUCUGAAUCAUACGGUUUUAGGAGUCCGGACCAAUGGAAGCAUUUAUAUAGUGAAUAUGCUAUCUUUAGACAACUCAUAUGAUAUAGCCUGAUCCUGGAGAGGAAAGCCUAGUAUAGCACUUUAAAGACUGCCACCCAAACAAAGUCACAGUGCUUUGCUCUCCUUUUUUACCCCUAUAAGCCCCUUUUCAUGUACUUCAGCAAAAGACGGUCUUUAGUGCUUGAAAUCAUUGCUGAGGGAGACUUGAACAAGAUUAGCAAGAUUAAUAGAGCUUUGAAGGUUUAUGCAGGGCACAAUUGAUGUCUUUUAGACUUCACUAUGCCCUUUUAGUGUCAAUUUUUUUGGUGGCUGGUCACUUUCUCUGAAUGUGCAAUGGCCCAUAUUAACUUCAAUACAUACAGUAUAUGUUUUAUAAACAUUUACAACUCGGAUUUACCCCCAUGGCUUGUAUUUGUCACAUGGGUGCCCUUUGGUCCAGGAGGAUAUACCUCGAUAAGAGAUCUCAAACACUGCACCUCACUUACCUUGGUAUGCUGCAAAUAUUAUAGUGAAAUAAAAUAGGGGUGAAUCUCAAAAAACCUGUUGAGAACAUGUCCUGGUCAUAUUUUACCCCAAAACCAAAGAAGGGAAAUAAGAAAUUAUGUUUUGCUUAAGCAAAAUAAAACCUUUAUUUUGACAUUAUUAUCAUGACAAUAAAGUACCAACUUAUAAGUCAAAGAAAUCUCAAUCUAUUACUACAAUAAAAAAAAAGUGUGUCAUUGUAUUACAAUCAUAAAUUGUAGAGUACAACAAAAAGUAUAAUUUAAAUGAUUUUAAUAUAAUUAUUAUAUUACAGUAAUUAUAAUCGGCAUUAAGAAUAAUGUGAAUUAAGAAAAACUAAACGUAUGAACGCAUUGCAAAUUACCAAAAAACUGAAUAGUGAAAUGUCCAGACACAUUACUGUAAUGAGAAUCAACAAUAAGGAUAGUGUGUAUUUUGAAGAAACUAAACAAUAAAACGUCUGGACGCAUUAUAGUAAUAAGAAUCAUCGCUAAGAAUAAUGUGAAUUGCACUGCGUUCGGAUGUUCAGUUUUUUUUGUAAACUACAAAAAAUAAAACAUUUGGAUGCACUGUAGUAAUGAGAAUCACCUUUAUGAAUAAUACAUAUUACGAAGAAACUAAACAACAAAAUGUCUGGGCGCAUUAUAGUUAUAAGAAUCAUCGUUAAAAAUAAUGCGGACUACAAAAAAAAACUAUUAAAUGGACGCAGUACAGUAAUGAGAAUCGAAAUUAAGAAUAAUGCAAAUUAUGAAAACUGAACAGUAAAACGUCCGGACGCAUUACAGUAAUGAGAACCGACAUUAAGAAUAAUGCGAAUUAAGGAAAAACAAAACAGUAAAACGUCCGGACCCAUUACAGUAAUGAGAAUAUACAUUAAGAAUAAUGCGAAUUAAGGAAAAACAAAACAGUAAAACGUCCGGACGCAUUACAGUAAUGAGAACCGACAUUAAGAAUAAUGCGAAUUAAGGAAAAACAAAACAGUAAAACGUCCGGACGCAUUACAGUAAUGAGAAUCGGCAUUAAGAAUAAUGCGAAUUAAGGAAAAACAAAACAGUAAAACGUCCGGACGCAUUACAGUAAUGAGAACCGACAUUAAGAAUAAUGCGAAUUAAGGAAAAACAAAACAGUAAAACGUCCGGACGCAUUACAGUAAUGAGAACCGACAUUAAGAAUAAUGCGAAUUAAGGAAAAACAAAACAGUAAAACGUCCGGACGCAUUACAGUAAUGAGAAUCGGCAUUAAGAAUAAUGCGAAUUAAGGAAAAACAAAACAGUAAAACGUCCGGACGCAUUACAGUAAUGAGAAUAUACAUUAAGAAUAAUGCGAAUUAAGGAAAAACAAAACAGUAAAACGUCCGGACGCAUUACAGUAAUGAGAAUAUACAUUAAGAAUAAUGCGAAUUAAGGAAAAACAAAACAGUAAAACGUCCUUACGCAGUACAGUAAUGAGAAUAUACAUUAAGAAUAAUGUGAAUUGAGACAAAACUGAACAGUUAAUCGUCCGGACACAUUACUGUAAAGAGAAUUUUGGUGGAGAGAAUGUGCUUGAUUGUCAUAGACAUAAUGUCUCAAUGCAAAUGGGCUUAAAAAAAUGUCUUAUGCAAAAUUUUACUUUCUUUCUAAUUUUCUUUUGAUUUUGGUGUGAAAUGUGACCUGGGCAUGUUUUUGUGAGAUUCACCAAAAUAUUACUUCGAUAACAGUAAAAUGCUUGACUAAUGCCUGACAAUAUCUUUAACAAUUUUAGAGUAAGAAGUCUAAUUUUAAGAAAAGAAUAGUUGUUUUUAAAUCAUAACACGUAUUGUUUCUCUUCUUUAUUGAGCCAACUUUUAUUUUGUUGUCCUAUUUAAAUGUUUUUUUUUUUUUCUUUAAUAUAUUGGAAAUAUAUAUGGGAAAUAUUUAAUGGUGUAUUUAUUGAGGGACUGCUUAAAGUGGCCGGAGUCUCCGCAUUGUUGGCCAGAGUUACGGGGGGCGAGUUCAGGGGUUUCUGGGGGUGGACGCCUGCCUCUCAUCGCCAACCAACCCUCGGCUUCCUCUCACACACAAGCACAACCACAGAGUGGGCAGGGGUGGCACAAUCCUAAAGGGAUGUUUGGAUCUUUGACUAAUUGUCUUUCGAGAUCGUCUACCAUUUGACAUCCAAAACUCAUUCUUCAGCUCUCCAGCAAAGAGGCUCGGCGCAUCCUACUCAUUGCAUCUCAUCUCUUUAAGGGAGGGAGAACCACAUUGACUUGGUUAUUCCCAAAAAAAAAAAAAAAAAAAAAAGCUGAUGUUUUU